GGUUGGAAAUAUUAUUAAUUUUUUUAAUUCUCUCAAAUUUACUAGAUUUUGUGAGGAUUUUCCCCAAACGAGCUGCUGGCGCCAAUUUCAUCAAAAAAAAAAAAAAAAAAAAAAAAGAAGAAGCUGCUGGCGCCAAAACGAGAUAAUAAAUUCGAAACUCUGUGGCUUGAGGCUUUAUAAGUAGCAAUCAAUUUCAGACUCCUCAUUCAAAUCUGUUUCGGAAGUAUCCAAACCGAAAGAACACUCUCUCUCGCGCUGUCUUUAUUCUCUCCGACUACAACGAACAUGAUCGAGUUAAAAUCCGAAGAACAGAACCAAUUACAGCUUGUUGAAAGAGAAGAGUUCGAUGACGAGGACGAGUUGUUUGAAGCGAUCGAUAAACUAAUUGCUCAAGGAAUCAAUGCUGGAGACGUUAAAAAGCUUCAAGAUGCCGGAAUCUACACCUGCAAUGGCUUGAUGAUGCAUACGAAAAAGAGCUUGACAGGGAUAAAAGGAUUAUCUGAAGCGAAAGUUGAUAAGAUCUGUGAAGCUGCUGAAAAGAUGGUGAAUUUUGGUUACGUGACUGGUAGUGAUCUUCUGCUCAGAAGGAAGUCUGUGGUUCGGAUCACGACGGGAAGCCAUGCCCUAGAUGAACUGUUAGGCGGUGGAAUUGAGACUCUAGCGAUAACAGAAGCUUUUGGAGAAUUCCGGUCUGGGAAAACUCAGCUUGCACAUACUCUUUGCGUCUCCACACAGCCAAAAUUUUUGCAGCUUCCGCUUAACAUGCGUGGUGGGAACGGGAAGGUUGCUUAUAUUGACACUGAAGGAACUUUUCGACCAGAUCGGAUUGUACCAAUAGCUGAAAGGUUCGGGAUGGAUGCAGGAGCAGUCCUUGACAACAUUAUUUAUGCACGUGCUUACACAUACGAGCAUCAGUACAACCUGCUUCUUGGUCUCGCAUCCAAAAUGUCUGAAGAACCAUUCAGACUUCUGAUAGUAGAUUCAGUUAUUGCUCUGUUUCGAGUAGAUUUCACUGGAAGAGGUGAGCUUGCAGAGCGCCAGCAAAAACUGGCACAGAUGCUCUCCCGUUUGACAAAGAUAGCUGAGGAGUUCAAUGUUGCAGUAUACAUGACCAACCAAGUUAUAGCUGAUCCGGGUGGAGGCGUUUUCAUAUCAGACCCGAAGAAACCAGCAGGAGGGCACGUGCUUGCCCAUGCCGCCACAGUAAGAUUGAUGUUUAGGAAGGGCAAAGGAGAACAGAGAGUCUGCAAGGUCUUUGACGCCCCUAAUCUGCCUGAGGCCGAAGCCGUUUUUCAGAUAACCUCAGGCGGCAUUGCAGACGCUAAGGACUGAAGCUUUAGUUUCUCACUUUUUUUUGUUCUGUAAUACAGAUAGAAUGGGCAAUGUUGGGGUAGAUUUUAUUUUUGUUCUAUUUUACUAGUGUCUUCUUGGUGUGCUAUAGUUUACUGGAAAUAGUGCGUUGGAAUUGUAAAACUCUGAUUACAUCCACUUUGGGAACAAAUUUGUUGAUACUCAAAGUGGAAUUUGGUGUUUAAGUGCUUAUAUUUGCUUGAGCUACCAAAAUUACA